AUUUGUAAUUUGUGGGAUUGUUCCUUUGACAGUUUAUUUACUGUGAAAAACUUUUAUUUCAAACUACUCCAAGGCUAAAAAGAAGUAAUUCUGUUUGGUUUUGGUCAAAGUAUUAGUUUCACAUGUAGUCAAUCCAACAUUUUGUGAACUGCCACGAGGCUUCCUUUAAAGCUUGGCAUUAUUUCCAGGAAUAACAUUAUUUUCCACAUCACUCAUUUGGCAGGAAACCAUCUGUUUACAUGCCAAAAUGACAGUAUCCUCAAAUUUGUGCCAUAGACAAAGUAAAACUUUUAUUUAAAAAGACGUUUAGGGAGAGAUGUAACUUUGCAUAAAUAUGCACAACACAACAGUUAUUUGAAUUGCAUGAUGCAGAUGUGAUCUAUCGAGUGAAUGCGUGUCAGCACAUCUGGAGUUUAUUUUGAGCCUGUGAAGACCUGCCUGUUCCAGCAUCUUCUUUCGGAUACAGUCCCAGAACUUUAAUUGAAUAACAAACCAGUUGAUUUUGGAACUCUGCUUUGCACCAUUUCACCAGACUGACAUUAGAUAAGAAGGGAGGUCUUUCGGUUUUAUUACAUAAUGCAAACUAAACUAGAGGGAAAAAGACAUUCUGGGUACAUCAAGGGUAAAAUAUACAACAUGUCUUUGGUUAUUAUACUCUUUUUGCUGUUUGGCACAACACAAACCCAGAGAACGACUCCGGAUUUUAUGAUGCAAUAUUUUCAGAGACAACUUCAACAGCUGGAGGGACGAAUGAUCAGAUGUGAACAGGACUUCCAGCAGUUCAGUCAAAGGAUGUAUGACAUGUUCAAGGAGAUACACGGCCAAACCAACAAGAUGAAUGUGUUGAGGUCAGAGGUCAAGGGUCACGUUGACACCGUGGCUAUGCGCUUGGAUCGGGUGGAGAGUGAUGUGGAAUAUCUGCAGAAUAAUAUCCCUGAAACGGCUCAUGUGGAGAUUGAGGACUCGCUGCUCGAGCACCAGGUGAAAGAAGCCAAACUUCAAAAGACAGCGGUAAUUCCCAAAGACAAAGACUGCAGUUCUGAGCUCACAGGAAUCAAAUCCCUUAAAAUCGUAAAGAAGGCUGGUGGUACCACUGGAUCAUGGAUGAAAGAUCCAACGAAAGGUUCUGCAAAGAUUUUCUUUUUUAGUGGCACUACAAACAAUACUCUUUUGGCGUAUGCCUCUUUGAAGACUUUUACUGACUCUAACUCCACCAAGAAGACCGAAGUUAUCCGUCUUCCUCUGCCUUGGUACGGAACAGGCCAUGCGAUCUACAGCGGCUUUGUAUACUACCACCUCGCAGACACCAACAAUGAGAUCCUGAAGGUCCACCUCAGUAACCGCACGGUGACUGAUCGAUUGUUGCUUCCUGCGGCUGGUAGAAUGCCGGCGUAUUCCCUCAACCCCAAUACGCUGCUGGAUCUUGCUGUUGAUGAAAUGGGGCUGUGGUCGAUCCACGCAGACCCAGACUUUGGUGGAAACUUGGUGAUCACCAAGCUGGACCACAACAGUCUGGCUGUGGAGCACACGUGGGAUACCAACUGCAACAGUCGCAAUGCAGAAGCGUCUUUCAUGAUCUGUGGCAUCUUGUAUGUGGUCUACAACACUGACUAUGGUGGCAGGUCCAGCAUCCAAUGCGUGUUUGAUAUUCAUGAUACCAUCUACACUGAGAGCACCCCAAAGGUUUUUUUCCCAAAGCGUUACACCAGCCACUCCGCUUUGUGUUACCACCCAAAGGACAAACAGCUGUAUGCAUGGGAUGAUGGGUAUCAGACCAUUUAUAAGUUAGACAUCAAGAAAGUUACAACUAUUUAAGUGUUGAACAAACUCUACAUGGUAAAAUACUAAGCUAGUUUUUAAGCCAACAACGCUUUAUUCAUUUUUGUAAUCACACUUAAUCUGUUUGUAAUAAAAAGGACCAGUUUUUUGUCCUGGACAAAAAAAACGAUUUAAGGAAUAUUUUUCUCCUUGGUUUAGCGAGGGAACUGCCAGGAGUCUUAUAGAAUCUGAAACAGUAAAAUAUAUGCAUUACUGAAAAUAAAAUAUAUGCAUAACCACAAAAUUUUGCAUUAUUAUACAUAUUAAUUCCAUAAAGAAUAUCUCAAAAAGAACAACUGUAAUUCUUACAUUUCUAGUUAGUUAUGAUAUAUUAUUAUUUGGUUUUCACUUUCACUGUAGCUUGAUUUUAUUUCUAUUAUUUAAUGUAUGGCGAUCUUUCUAUUUACUGUGUGUAGUUUUGUCCUAAGCCUGUAAAUGUAAAUGUUAUAUAUAUCGAUGUAUCUGGAAGUAAUUCUAAAAACUGAAAAAAAAUGUUUAGCAAUGUCCCUGAACUGGUAUUUUAUGUUUGCGCAUGCGUAGUCGUCAGCGGCUGCGUGAUUUUUUGCUGUUCAGGGCCCGUAUUCACAAAACAUCUUAAGGCUAAAAGUAGCUCCUAACUUGCUGAUUUAGGAGAAACUCUUAAAGACUACUAAUAUCUGCUAACUGUUAAUGAGACAGCCAAAAUGCUUACAAUUAGCUGAACAUUUACUUUAUAUGAACAUAUAGUUUAUUUGCACAAGAUUUUUUUAAAUAAUUCAAAAAUCAUGUUGUUUAUUGUGUUUUGUUGUAUUUGUUAGCUGUAUUUUUUAAGUUAUUGUUACUUAAUAAAAAACAAUAAAAAACAAACAAUUUGAUUAAUAUUAAUUG